CUGCUGGCUUCGCUCUCUUGAACUGAAGCCACGGUUAUGAAGCUUUUGGUUGAUGAAGUCUUUGUUUGAUUUUUGAGCCUGCUGCUGUACCGGUAACGAUUGUAUCCAUGGAUGAAAGAGAAGACUUCCAGUCAAUUAUGCCAUUUUUGCCGCUGUUUCUCCGAUCCUCCUCCCUCUUUUGGCAGCCAGCGGUGGCGGAAUUCCUCAAAUGCCUUGCCAAGGGUCCUCUUCACAGCAAAGUUAAUUCAGGUGAAUCAUUUGCGGCCGCCAUAUCUGAUAUGCGCAAGGAAUUUCGAUUGUCUCCUCUCCAUCCCUCGGCUUCGCUUGGCUUCUCCCGAUUCUUUGACUCAUUAAUGAAAGCGGAUGCAUCUGAAAGGUGGUUUGCAGACGUGGUUCCGGGUCUUGCGGAUUUACUGUUGAAGUUGCCAGUUCUGUUAGAGAACCACUAUAGGAAUGGGAGCAUCUGCAACGGAAAAGAGACUGGUCUUAGAUUGCUGGAAUCACAACAAUCGGGUAUUGUGGUUAUGAGUCAGGAGUUGAUUGCUGCUCUCCUAGCUUGUGCCUUUUUUUGCCUUUACCCAACCAGAAAUAGAGGCAGCCAACACCUUCAACCUAUCAACUUUGAUCAUUUAUUUCUGAGUCUGUAUGAACAUGACAAAGUGCAUCAAGAACAUAAAAUAAAGUGCAUUCUCCAUUAUUUUGAAAGGAUAUGUUCAGAUAUGCCUACGGGGAAUGUAUCGUUUGAGCGAAAAGUUCUUCCUUUUAAGAACUGCCAAUCUAACAUUGUUUACCCAGGAACUGAUUUCUGGUCCAACUCUACUAAAUCUCUUUGCCAGUUGGAGGUUCAUAAUUCCGGGUUAAUUGAAGAUCACUGCAGUGAGGCUCUUGAGGUAGAUUUUGCGAAUAAAUACCUAGGAGGUGGUGCCCUUGGCCAAGGCUGUGUACAAGAGGAGAUUCGUUUCAUGAUCAAUCCAGAAUUAAUUAUUGGUAUACUCUUUUCUCCUGCAAUGGAAGAUAAUGAAGCUAUUGAAGUUGUUGGUGCAGAAAGAUUCUCAAAUUACUCUGGCUAUGCUGCUUCAUUCCGCUUUUGUGGGGAUUAUGUGGACGAAAAGAGUUUUGACACAAUGGGAAGACGUAAGACAAGAAUAGUUGCAAUUGAUGCACUUAUUCAUCCAGGAAAGAGACAAUACAAAUCCGAAUGCCUCCUCCGUGAAAGCAAUAAGGCAUUUUGUGGCUUUUUCAACCAACAGAAGGCGAAUCUACUUAUGAAAGGUGAGGACUUUGGACCUAAGCAUGACAUGAUCAUUGAAGAAGGUCCUUCCACGUCCGGUCAUAAUAUUUUGACAGAAGAUCUAUCAGAUUCCAUCCAAGGAUACAAAAGAACAACAAGCUGUGAUACAGUGGAAAAGAAGGGGAAUAAGGUGGAUCAGUAUUCCAUCUAUGAAGAUGAUGGGAUUGGUGUGGCAACUGGAAAUUGGGGCUGUGGUGCAUUUGGGGGAGAUCCUGAAGUUAAAGUUGUAAUCCAGUGGCUGGCUGCUUCUCAAGCACUAAGACCUUUUAUGUUAUACUACACCUUUGGUUUGAGUUCAUUGCAGAAGCUUGAAGAGGUAGCGCAGUGGAUUCUAUCACAGGGAUGGACUGUUGGUGAACUUUGGAAUAUUUUGGUGGAGUAUUCAACUCAGAGAUUCAAAGGAGAAACCACACUAGGACUUUUUAAUUGGCUUCUUCCCUCCUUAUAUGCGGACGACCCAAUUUUGGGCGCACCUAGUUUGAGGAUGAAAGGUAGUUGAGCGGGGCUCUUUCCCUAGAAACUGCUCAUCGUGCUCUCAACAGGACAAUGAAUGCCGCAGCAAUCCUUGCUCUGUACACGAAAGUGAGUACAACAAGUUAUGUAGUGUCCUGCUUCAGCUGAACACAGAGGUCUGCUCAUUUCUUGUCCCAGAAAGUUCAAACAUAACUGAAUUGGUACCAUUACUUGGAGCCUUUAUUACGACUGAGGCAUUUCUUCAGAGGUUAGCUGAAUGUUAAAAUGAUCUGAAUCCAAAUUCAAGAGCUUCUGUCAAUCACAUGGCAUUUGCUGCUGCAGCAACACAUAAAAACUUGGUGAUUUGCCAUUCUUGCAUGUGUUUGCUCCUCCUCCUUUCGAAGCUGUCAAUAAAUUUUAUGCAUUUUGAUUCAUUACUUAAGUUCUGUGUUGAAGCAUCUCAUUCUGGAUAUCUCUGCCCUCUUUCUGCGAAAUUCAUUUGACAUUUGAAUUUUUCUUUCAUCUAAUACACUUCUCUCACCUAAACCUGUUCAGGAAUACAAGUUGGAGCAAGAAUGAUUCUCUCUCUCUCUCUCUCUCUCUCUCCCACUCUCUCUCUCUCUCUCUCUCUCUCUCUCUCUCUCUCUCUCUCUCACACACACACACACACACACACACACCUCCUCUGGAGUAUAAUUAAUUUGUGGGCAGUCAAGGGGACUGUUUCUUGGAUCUGAUUCCUUCAUUAAUAUGGUUGACCCCUCUCAUUGUUUUUUGAUUUGUGCACUUCCAUUCUCCACAGGUAAAGAGAAAUGGCCACUUCACUUCACUUCACUUGGCUAUUGCACAUUAAGAAGACUUUUCAUCAUCAUUAAUGUUUGAACUAUGGAUGAGAGAAUGACAGAUAUGCCCUCAUCACUCUCACUCCUCUGGUGGUGGUAUUAAGACAAGACACUAACUGAGAAAUGAUGUUGACACUCAUUUGUUUGCAAGCUCAGUGAUGCCCUUGUGCAUGUCGCUUGUUUCCACUACAUGACUCAUUUUAUUCCACACUUUCAAAAAUCUCCAAUCUUUGUAUAUAUAUAUAUAUAUAUAUUAUUAUAUAUACUCUACAUGAGUGCACUUAAAAGGGAUGUAGUAUGUUCUUCUUUUCC